AUGUGCCGUGUCAAGCAAUUCGCCUUCUCGUGCGGUCAUCCCGCAACAGAGUCAUUCCGGUAUCGACUUUGUCAAGCACCUGGUACGGAAACAUGUAUGGUCAUAGACGAUCGAUACGACCUGAACUCUCCAUGUCAUCGGUGCAUACGCUGGGAAGCUCGCCGUACUACACAGAAUUUUCAGGAAAUUGAGAACCUGACGGCAAGAGGGUGGGAGGAGACCAACCGCAGAGUUUUUUACAACGGCGACUCUGCUCUUGAUUUCGAAUGGCAUGUGCCAUCAAGGUGCUUUAUAGAUGUUGGCUUCCGGAGUCUCGACCCUUUUGGAGACGACAAGAAGAAGCAGCUUCGUUUGGCAGCCACUGGCAUGACUGAGACACGGGAGGAAGAGCGUCAACUCGCACCAGACGAGUUGGAGGAUGAUUCCAUGGAAGGUCACUCAGGUGACAUGAUGGAGAUUGAUGAGCAACCAGUGGCAGAGGAACGGCGGCCACUCUCCAUUAGACUCCUUUGCAUCCCGCCGUCGAACAUGGAGCAACAGACUUCGACUGAGGAGCAGCAGCAGCCUCGCAGAUCAAGCAGACUCCGUCGCAACAAACUAUCGACUGGAGAGCAAUCGGGCCCGUCGACCAUCAAGCAGAAGCGCCCAGUAUCGAUAAAGCUUCACUGCAAUCGGCCAAAGAGAGUAAAGAAGCGGCCUCGGACCUCGAUCAAGCUCAACUGCAAGCGAAGCCCGACUAAAGAGCAGCAAGGACAGUCGAGCGAGAAAAUGCCACCUCGCAUAUCGAUCAAGCUCAAUUGCAGCUGGCUUGGAAAGGUCGCCCCUUGUUGUGUUCGUCAAAAACAACAAGGACCAGAUUACGCGACGAGACCGGAGGACGUGGAGGAACGGCGCGAGGGGAGACUAGCCGGGAAUACCUGCACGUCAGGAUUUUGA